UCUGACAGGCAGCCUUUGCAAUGAUGAGACCGGCUGAUGAUCUCAUGAGGCGUGUCCAUUUUGCUAUGACUAUGGAGCUACCUGAUAGGCCAGUCGGUAGAUUCUACCACGCAUAAUUUUUAAUUUAUUGAAUGCAUUGCGCUACAUUCAUUGGGGAAUUAGGCAAAACAGCGUAUAUUUUCUUCAUUUCUAGUACAUUUGAAAUUCCUCCUGAAUUAAUCAUUCAGUAGGAAAGGAGUAUUUAUAAACUGAGAUUUAAUUCUUCUUGUCAUUUCUGUUGCUGUAGCAGUUGUAGUAACAGACAGCUGCUAUAUUUAAUUAGUAUUAAACUUUAAAUAUGUUGGGUAUUGGUUUUGUGAAACCAGCUCGUGUUAUGAAUUCAACUUCAAUUGCCCAACAUAAAACAUCGGCAAAGCAACAGGCAUCUAAAGAGAUUGUUUACCAAAAAUCUAGCGAGAUGUCCACGGAUGAAAAUGCAGUUUAUGGUGAUAAAUCUGUUGAUGAUGAAGUGUUGCAACGAAGACGAAUUGCAAACGAGAUGUUUAAGCACACCGAGGAUAUAUAUGGUACCAGAUUGAAGAACGGUAUUCGAUUAAGUAGCAGUUCUAAAGAUGAGUUUCAUCACACUCGACCAUGUACUGAAGACUUAUAUGGAACGAUAAAGAAUGCUAGAACCAAUGCUAACAAUGAGGGAUUCUUAAAAAGCAGCCCGGCUCUAGAUGAGUUGUAUGAGAGGCAGUCAAAACCAGGCAACAACUAUGAUCAUAACCUUGUGGAGGAUAUAUACGCCAGUAUACCGAGGCCUAUACUUAGGCCCGAUGAUGAAAUUACUGCUGAGGUUCCGCAAGGCAUAGACAUGUCGUACCAGGACUUACAACAAAUGGCCAAUCGGCAACAGCAACAGAUUGAAAGCCAGCAACAAGCACUAGCAGCUAAACAACAAAGGUUAAAAUUUCUCAAACAACAGGAAAAGAAACAUCAGCAUGUUAGCUCAGAAAAUGACCGUAUGCGCAAACUACGAGAACGGACAGAGAUGCAGGAGCAGAAAAUCCGCAAACUUCACGCACUGCGAGGUCAAGUUGAGACGACGAAAACAACUAAUAAUAAUUUAUCCUCGGAGCUGGAAGAGGUACGUUCCCUGUUUGCCGAGAAAGAGAAAGAGCUUGCUCUUGCAGUUUCUAAAGUUGAAGAUUUGACGAGGCAGUUGGAGGAUAUGCGUACCGGGAACAUUAACGUCAUCAAUGGUAAUAGUAGCAAUCCUUUGCAAUCAGUGGAAUUGGACCGUCUGAGGAAGGAUCUUCUGUUACGGAAUAAACUUAAUGAGGAACAGAGCACCAAGGUAGAACAUCAAAAGAGCUAUGUGCGAUCCCGAAAAGAGGAAAUGGCGGUAGUUGACAAGCGCAUCGCAGAGUUAACUGAAAGGUUGCGCAAGAAACGAGGCAUGCAACAGUCAAUUAGUCCAUAUUCUACUAACAACAACAACAUUAGAACUCUACCAAAUGGGUUACCAACCACUAACGGUAUGUACCAUACCAAUGGAAUUAGUCAAAACUACCUCAAUGGUAGGAAGCCAAACGGCUCAGAUACACGAGGAUACCCAUCACAAAAUGGCCAAUAUUACCAACAGCAAAAACAUUAUCAAAUGAUGAAUGGAAGAGCUCCUGUUGGUCAACCAUACUAUGGUCAAGGUUCUCCACAUUCAGGAUCUGCUAAUGCAUCACCGGCUGAAAGUCCCAUAUCUCAAAGUUCUCCCUUUCCAAACCAAUCAGCUGUUCCUGGUGUCAGAGGUCAACCAGAAGGUGUGAAUGAAAACAGCGGGAGUGAUACAUCAUCACUUACCGAAAAUUCUAGUAUAGACAGUGCUAGUGGCUUAGGCCUGACCAGUCUGCCGAACCGUGCAAAGACCACUGAAGCAAGGACUGAUGUACCACAAGGCGAGUACAAAAAUCGGCAAGAGGCGGAUGGGCGUCCAUUGCGCACUCUACCUGGAUCAAACUUACCCCCUGCCGCGAGAACAAGUCCGACUGAGAGAGGAAACACAGCUCCAAAUAGGAAACCGAAACCUCCACCGAUUGCCGCUAAGCCUAGUAUAGACCAAAAGAAGCAGGCCCCCAAAGUACCUCAAAAGAGCCCAAGUACCAAGCUGACUUAUGAUCCUAAGGCUGCUAAAUCACAAAAUAACAAGCCAGCAAUUUCAGGACCAGUGAAACCAACUGUACCAUAUAGCCAAAUGCAAGGUUCAUCAAAACAAGAAAAUACUGUAGUAUAUUCACAAGGUGGUAAACCCCCAUCUCCAUCAGUCAAACAUAGGCAAAAUGUAGCUUAUCCCCAAGUCAGUUCUUCACACCAAACUGUACCAAUGAGCUCCAGUAGUUACUACAACUCUAGGCCAGCAAGUCAGUCUGGUUCACCAUUCUACACUGAAGCCAAUACAGCUGUCGAUGGUCACAGAAUAACUGCCAUUCACAAACGAACUGAUGCCACAGUGGGUGUUGGUGUAUAUCCUGCUCCUCCAGAAUUCCAAGACAAUAACGCUGAUUAUGAUCAACCCCCUGUAGAUAAUCAAGGUCGCCAACUACCACUCCAGGGAAGAAACAUGUUCCCCCACCAAGGUUAUUACCACCCUUACCCAGGAACAUUAGAAGAGCGUGAGGAGAUCUCCGAUGAUAGUGAUGCUCCUCAUGCUUACCCUGGAGGGAUGAACUACAAUGCUGGACCUGUUCACAGCAGGGUAGAAUUGGAAAAACUGCACAUGAUGCCGCGACCACUCAAGAAGAGGUUCUCGUAUUCAGAGGAUAAGGAGUCCUACCCAUUUCUUAACAAGUAUUCUAAUACAUUUUACCAACCAGAAAGUCAACCGGCUGUUGCCUUCGAUAACAGCAACCCUGCAGAUGCCCUAAGGAAGAUUAUGCUGAAUCAAGGAGUCUCUAGACAAGAGUUGGAAUCUAUGAAAAAGAAUGCAGACUCUAGUAAGUUUUCCACAGCACCACAGCCCUCUCAACCUCUACCAGCAGACUCAAAUGCUGGUGUUCCAGACAGAACCAAACCAGUUGCAACCAGUAACUUUAAAGAGACAUCAUUGAAUGAUGUCAAACCUGCUACUAAGCCACCUUCACCAAAACCAGUUGAAAAGAAAGAGAACAACAAGCCAUACACACCUGCAUUUUCUCAGUCAGCCAACUCAAAUGGUUUUGAGGCUCUCAAGAAGUUCCCCACUAAAAGCAAUGUGAUUAAGAAAGGCUACUUGAAGAAGCUACAGAGAGUUCGUUUUGAUCCGUUGGCAUUACUACUGGAUGCAUCACUGGAAGGAGAAUACGAUCUUGUCAGACGCAUCAUGCCUGAUGUACCAAAUCCAAGUGCAGCAAAUGAUGAAGGAAUCACAGCGGUGCAUAAUGCGAUCUGCGCUGGUCAUUUUGAGAUUGUCAACUUCCUGCUGGACUGGGGCUGCGAUGUCAAUGCAGCUGACAGUGAUGGAUGGACACCGUUACAUUGUGCGGCUUCAUGCAACAGCCGUGAAAUGGUUCAACUGUUAGUAGAGAAAGGUGCGAGUAUAUUUGCCACUACCAUUAGUGAUAAAGAAACUGCAGCUCAAAAGUGUGAAGAAGGUGAGGAUGGGUAUCUGGACUGCUCACAAUAUUUAUAUGGUGUUCAGAAUGAUCUUGGAGAAAUUAAUAGUACAAUAAGUUUUGCAGUUUACGACUAUGAAGCAACAGGCAGUGAUGAGUUAAGUUUCGAAAGCGGGGAUGAAUUCCAUAUUAUUAGACGAGGUGAUGCUGAUGAAUCAGAAUGGUGGUGGGCUAGGAAACUGAGCAGCAACUCCGAGGGCUACGUGCCAAGAAAUUUCUUAGGGAUGUAUCCAAGAGUAAUGCCAAAUGAGAAUGAGCUAAUUACUCGUGGCUAGGAUCUUGAAUGUUCUCCAUUGGAAACUUCUAUGCAAAAUGGAAAUUGGGAAUGAGAUGGAACUUAAUGGGUAUUGGAAAUGAGAUAGAAUAUAUUGACACUGGGAAUGAGAUGGAACUUAAUUGACACUGGGAGUGAGAUGGAAAUGAUAAAAAAAACGGAGCAAGCAUCAAGAUUUUCUCACAGGAAUUACUAUUACAAUAAUGCCACCUUGAUAAAGAUGCCUUUACUUAGUGAUAAUUAAUUUGGGUACUUAGCUUCUAUUCACAAUGAAAAUUACAGGUGUUAGCAAAUACUUGCUUGUUGGUUGCUAAUUUUAUCAUUUUUAGCAUUAAAAUCUCAGCACCUAUAUUGUUAAGCUUAAAAUGAUUAACUUUGCAAAGUAAUUGAUUUAAUCUAUAUAAUAUAGUCAAAUUGCUUACAGAAGAAUAUAAAUUGUUUUAAUAUUGAUUAUAUUAUUAUUGAUGCUAAGAGUAUCUAUGGUUAAUUGAGCAUAACAAUGUAAUUGUACAGCCAGUCUCUCUACAGUAAACUAUACAAGAGAAUAUAGCCCUACUACAUAUUGUAAUAAAAUAUUAGUACAGAUCUAGCUCCCUCUACAGUUCAUUUGCAAAGCAAUAGAUAGGAUAAAAUAUAUCAAGAUUGGGCUUAGUUAUAUAUUCUAUAACCAGCUGGUUGUUAUAGCAAUAGGCCUACAUUAGAUGAUAGCCAUAAAUGUAGUUUUAAUUACUUUAUUUCUUCCAUUAUGUAAAUUACAAAGGAUAAUCUGUACUAACUACCAUUGUCAUUGUUAAUAAAUAAAAUUUUGAGUGAUUAAAGUUCCCUUUAAAUGAAGAAUGAUAUAAUUUAAAUAUUUCCAAUGAAAUAAAACAAUAUUAAGAUAUAAAUGAUAGUUACCGGUAGUUUGUUUUCAUUUUCUUUCCUACAAAUUAUAAAUGAAUUACCGAAUGUACAAAUAAGGAAGUAUGUUAGGUCACAUUAUAUUAAAUAAUCUAUUUCACAGAUGAUAAUUUUAUUCUAACACAAUAUAUUAGCUUUACGAUAUAAUUCACCAAAUAUUGAGUGCAACAAAUGUAUAUUUUACGGUUCAGGUUUCGAGAAGGCUUUGUUAUACAAGUCUUAGAUAUAUGGUAUAGAGGAGAAAAGAGUAAAAGAAAGAAUAUAAUACAAGAAAGCAGAAGUUCCUUGCACCUUGAUUAAAUGGAGGAUAUGAUUUAAAAUAAAUACAGUAUAUGUAAUGAUUUUUUUGUUUUUAUGGACAUAUUAUUUUCAUAAUCAAUUAUCAGUUUCUGUCAGUAUAUUAUAUUACUGACUAAUAUUAUCUAGUAUUGUUAAAGGCUUACCUACCUUACCUGUAUAUUAUAAUUUUCCUUUAAACAGAUAACAUAUAAUUUGUAUGUUUUUACACUUGGGACCUAUAUGGCAGAAGACCCCAGUAUACACCAAUGUGUAGAAAUAUGGCUUGUGUAGAAACCUCUAUAUUUUUGCAUUUGUGGUGCUGUUAAUGCUUAAAUUUUGGUAGGAAUGCAGCAGCACAGGCAGUCUAAUGUGUUUAAAAUUAGAAUUAUUUCUACCGUUUUAUUUCGUUUUUCUUUUUGUGUUUGUUUAUAAAGAUGACUACCAGAUGGUGGAUAAUUGUUUGCAUAACUGUUAAAAAGAAGUAGAUUCCAAUUGUAGUGUAAACAAUGAUGUAUUAAUAUGUAGUUGAUUAUAGUGUUUUUAUUAAAUGCAUUAUAUGUAGACUAAA